UAACCACGGACAAAGGAACCAAAGGUGCUCAUCCUGGACAGGCAGGGAGCUGACCUGAGCCAGACAGGCCCUGAAACCUGAAUGGCCAUGGUGGUGGCUGCUGUCCCUUCUCUUCCACGUCACUUCUGGGAAGCCAAAAGCACAAUCCAACCAUUUCCCUUGGUGCAAUCGUGUUUACUUAAAUAGAACAGACUGGCUCCUUUUACCUUGGGCACAGCAGGGACAAACACUGCAGGAACAUUGCUUGCCCACAAGUUCUCAGCCUGACAUUCCAGAUAGAGCUGUGGCUCCAGGGACUCUGUCCCUGCUCACUCAGCAGGGACACCCUCCAAAUUCUAGCCCCUUUUGCCAGCACAGGGGAGGUCCUGCCUGAGACUGAGCACACCAGGGGCUGAGGCUGCAGCAGGGCAGGGCAGGGGCUUUGCUGGCCACCAGGCAGGGAUGUCCCAGCUGGUUGUUCUGGAACACUAUUUUUCAUAAGAAAAUAUUUAAGAAGUUGUCCAUGUGCUUGGGAAAAUUGUUUUAUUGUGGGAUGGUUUGAACCGUGCAGGUGUGGACCCUUCCAGGUAUGCCCAGAAUAUUCUGCCAUGGAAGGCAGGCAGAGAAAGGGAAGCACUGCCUUUGCCAGCCCAGGCAGCAUGUGGGAACACUCAUGCCCUGCCAUAGGUGUCCAGCUGUCUGUCCAUCUGUCCACACAUCCAUCCACCAUUCUGCUGAACCCUCACUCCCUGAUGAAAGCCCUGCCCAGGGCUGGAGGUGGGUGCAGGGCCUCAUGUUCCUCCACCAAACAAGACCAGAGAAGGAGGAGAAUGCACAGGAAGCCUCAGCCUGACCCCACCUCCCCCAGAGCAUUCCCAGCCACCUCUGCUAACAGCAGCAAACCUUCUCCUUCUGUUCCCCAGAGCAGGUAGCUCUCACUGGACACGACUGGAAGCUCUGCAUGGAGCCCACUGCACAAUCCAGUGUGCUCCUGAAACCACAGCAAUCACACCUUCGGCAGGCAGCUGUGUGCAGCCCCAAGGGAACUUUUUCUGUGCCCCUUGCAGAAAUCUGGUGCUGAAAGGGAGAAGAGUCUCCAGAUCCUUAUUCUUCAGGAGUGCUGUGGAGCGUCAGUAAUAAGUCAUUUUUGGCAGGCAUUUGUGAACAGCAUCCAGGAAGGGAGAACUUCAUCAGAGCAGAGAAAUCCUUCCAGCCUGCCUUGGUAUGACUCCAGCAAGCCUGAAAUAUCUCUGAGAGCUCUGCUCCUGACCCUAUCUUGGCCAUGGUACCCAAUUUACAUGUUCCAAGGCCACUGGCUUGCAGUGUUUGCUUAUUUUUAUACAGGGUUUUGCAAUUUAAAGGGUUUGGAUGGGUAGCAAAAUGGACAUUUGCUCAGGGAAAGGAUUCCUCAGUUACAACAAUUUCUGUCCCUCCCCAUUAGGAAAACAGGACCAUGUCACUGCCUGAAUGCAGGGUGCAAGUGAGCCCCACACAAUGUGCUUUCACCCAAUAAUUAAUUACCUAUCACUUCUCUAAUUAUCAGAGCUUCCGUUGACAAUUCCCAGAGGCCAACAGCAAAUGCCAGAUUCUGCCCAUCCAGCAGCUGCCUGAAAUAUCUUCCAGGGCAGUGCCUCUUGUCGUUGGGACAGGAAGCAGGACCAGUGUCUCCAGUCUCCUGCCCCUGCAGGAGCAUCACACACUUGUCCCACAGCCUCACAAGCACUCUGGCUGCCCUGGACUGGAGCUGUGCAAGGCUGUCCCUGGCACACUGCACACUGUUCUGACAGGAUCCUGGGCUGAGACAGGGCUGGGUGGACCAUGAGAGCCAGCACUGCUGUCUGGGCAUUGCUGAGAGGGAAAUCAGCCUCCCCAGGCCAGGCUGGAGCUGUUCUGAGCAGGGCUGGAGGUUGACUACGGCCCAAAUUCUGGUUUUGUGCACCCCAGACAAAUGCAGGGACGUUUUGGAUUUGCACCUACUGGGGCCAGAGAAGGCUCAGCUGGCAGAAGUGUCCAGGCCAGCAGCAGUGGCCAGGCUGUCAGUGUCCUUCAGUCCCCAGGGCCAAGGAAACACAGCCCGAGGCGGGAGCAUAGCAACAUCCAGCUCAGACAAACCAUCUCCCCAGGGUGCACAUGUGCAGCCACGUGCCCGGUGCCCUCCCCACUGACCAGAGGACACGACGUCACUGGCCAGAGGGCCAGCAGGUCACUGGCCCCAGCCCGAGGGCUGCCAGUCAAGGUUAUUGGUGACGCACCUGCCCAAAAAGCCAGUCUGGAAGGAACCGUGCCAGCCAAGGAGGAGCCUUGGCACACAGGAGCGGGCAGUGGGGUGGGGGGACUGGCCACUGCUGACCUUGGGAGCUGCACAAAGCGCAGGAGGUAUUUAACCCCCUGCAGAGCCCCUUGAAACCUCUUCUGAGCUCUAAACCUCGACAGCUGAGGACACAGGCUGUGUUCUCCUCACCUUUUUGGCAGGGCAUCGCUUUCAGCUGACUCUGGCGGAGCCGCUAUGACCGAAACAACAGGUUACUCGGGGAGUGGGCUUGUCCUUGUUAAAAACCCACACCUGGAUUUGAUGGAGGAGGAUGUCCUGUACCACUUGGACCUGGGAACGAAGACGCACAACCUGCCAGCAAUGUUUGGGGACAUUAAGUUUGUCUGCGUCGGCGGCAGCCCCAACAGGAUGAGGGCGUUUGCCCAGUUCAUGCAGCGGGAGCUGGGGCUGGCCGCGGAGGACGUGGCUGACAUCUGCGCGGGGUCGGACCGCUACGCCAUGUACCGGGCAGGGCCCGUGCUCUCCAUCAGCCAUGGAAUGGGCAUCCCUUCCAUUUCCAUUAUGCUUCAUGAGCUGAUCAAACUGCUGCACCACGCAAAAUGCCGGGAUGUUACUAUUAUACGCAUCGGUACUUCUGGGGGCUUAGGGAUCGAGGCUGGGUCUGUUGUGAUCACGGACACGGCCGUGGACUCCUCCUUCCAGCCACGCUUUGAGCAGGUGGUGCUGGACGAUGUGGUGGUGCGGAGCACCGAGCUGGACAAGGGCCUUGCAGAGGAACUUCUCGCCUGCAGCAGGGACAUUCCCGACUUCCCCACGCUCAUUGGCCAUACCAUGUGCACCUACGACUUCUACGAAGGUCAGGGGAGAUUAGAUGGUGCAUUAUGCUCUUUUUCCAGUGAAAAAAAGUUGGAGUACUUAAGGAGGGCUUAUGAGGCUGGUGUGAGGAAUAUUGAGAUGGAGUCCACUGCAUUCGCAGCCCUGUGUGGACUGUGUGGCCUCAAAGCCGCCGUCGUGUGCGUGACGCUGCUGGACCGGCUGGAGGGGGACCAGAUCCGGGCGCCGCACGAGGUGCUGUGGGAGUACCAGCAGCGGCCGCAGCGCCUGAUCGCCGCCUUCAUCCGCAAGCGGCUGGGACUGCCCCGCAGGGACUGAGGUGGCCGCAGCAGCGCAGGGCCCCGCGCCGGGAGCGGCUGCGGGCCCGGCCCAGGCCCUGCUCCGGGAGCGGGAGAGCGCCGCGCCCGGGCUGCCGGGGCCAGCGGGCACCGCGGCGCGGAGCUGCCGGCCCGCGGCGCGGCUGGAACCGCGCCGGCACGGUCUGCGCCGACAGCGAGCUCGGGCUGUGGAACAGGGCUGCAGCUUCCUCACUCCUGGCUCCAGCCGCCGUGAAGGACUGUCCUCUGAGGGUCACUCCUGUCCACAGCGAUCUUACGGGAAGGAGCUCCCUUUGCUUUGGGAAUAAAGACAAAACCUAAGUAAACAACAUGAAAACGAAUCCAUAUUUGUGACCAUUAUUGUUACUGCUGUUACAAAGGCCGUUCAGAUUGUCAUUCCUACAGUGUUUAAAGCUGUCACAAAGAGGCACAUGGCAGAGUUUGAGCACACCACAGCAGCCAGCCGUGGCCACUGAGGACCUGGCCUUCAGGCACUGGUUGACAGUAAAGACACUUUUCUCACUACCGAAAUUCACAAAUAAGUAGUCUAUCUUGAAACCAAGUAACUUAAUUUUCACAAUAAGCUCUCAUCAAGCUUUGUAAAAGUUUGAUUGAGAGUGACCUGCCCAUGCUACAUUCCUGGCAUAAAGACAGCUGAGCUCUGAACUGCCACUCCUACCCAGCCAAACCCACAAAGCAGGGCUGCAAGAGAUGUGUGUUGAGAAGCCCAUUUAACAUUAACAUUUUUAAAAUUAUUAUUUUUAUGUGUGUAACGUGUAAGAUUUCUUUUUAUUUCUUUUUUUUUUUUUUUGUUUACGUGUAGAAAGAUUUAUCAUGAAAACCAAUGUCAUUAUAAGCAUCUCCAUUUCCUGAAGGGUUCUGAUCAGUUGUGGCCAAUUCUAAGGUGAGGCUAUGAAGUGGGGUGAAACAUCCACCUCCUUCCCACAGGAGGAGGAAAGAGGUGUCCAGCCAGGCUGGGGAACAGCCAAGGGGUGUGCAGAGCUCUCCUGGCAUGAGCAGCCUUGGUCGUGCUGUGCCAAAUACCCUUUACUGACCUGCAUGUCCUCCAAGCUCCACUGUUCUGUGAAACCCCCUCAAAAUCCUCAUUCUAGCCGCACUGUAUCACUAAAGGCCCUGACUUACUGUUGCACUGAGGUAGCCCAGACUCCUAUAGACUUCUACUCAGUCUCUACCCUGAGAAAUUACAGACAUUAAAACAA